AUCUUCACGAAUCUUGUCCUUCAGUCAGCUGAUAAUAAGAUUUUCUCUGAAGAAGUAUACCAAUCGUCAUGGAGCCACCAAGCAUGGAGGUUGAUGAGGGCCAGCGCUCCAUCCUUGCCUCUCGGAAGAAAUAUGCCGUUUUUAUCAGUUUCAGUGGAGAAGACACCCGCAACGGUUUUACUAGUCAUCUCUGUGCAGCACUCAAGAACGCAGGAAUUGAUUACUUUAUUGAUGAUGACAAACUGGAGCGAGGACAUGAGAUUUCACAAGCACUUUUGGAUGCCAUCGACGACUCAAUAUUUUCUGUAGUUAUAUUAUCAGAAAAUUAUGCAGCCUCGUCGUGGUGCUUGGAUGAGCUGGAGCAUAUCAUUCAAUGUAUGCAGCAGAAGAAGACGCAAAUUGUUCUGCCGGUGUUUUACCAUGUUCACCCUUCGGAUGUGCGCACACAGAAAGGAACUUACGCAGACGCAUUUGCAGAACAUGAACAACGAUACAACGAUUCUAUGAUACGCAGAUGGAAGGCUGCUCUAACCACGGCAGCUAAUCUUUGUGGAUGGCAUUUAUCCAAACUCAAGAAGGAAGCUGAUUUAGUGACUGACAUUCUCAAUCAUAUACGAGGAAAAUUAAAUUCUACAUCUUCAAAGAGUAGUGAUUAUUAUUUAAAACAAGGUUUAGUUGGAAUCGAAAAGUCUGUUGCAGAUCUCAAUAAGUUGCAAUCGAUCGAUAAUGCCCCCAUUUUAGGGAUAUGGGGCAUGGGUGGGGUGGGUAAGACCACCCUUGCUUAUGUCAUGUUCGAAAAAUUUCGUCAUCAAUUUGAGAAUCAUUGCUUUCUUCAAAAUGUUAAAGAAGAACACCAAAAGCAUGGAUCAGAUUUGGUGAGACAAUUUUUUCAAAGACUGUCAAAAGUGAAAAAUAUAGACUUGGAAGAUUUGGGUUCCAUAAAGGAUAGGCUAUAUCAUAAGAAGUUGCUUAUAGUUCUUGAUGAUGUGGAUAACUUGGAUGUCUAUGAUUCUUUGCUUAAAGAUCAUCAUGCUUGGUUGAAUUCUGAAAGUAAAGUUAUCAUAACAAGUAGAGAUCAACAAGUGCUUCGAAAUAUUAUUGGAGAUGAUGAUGAAAAGAUGAUAUAUCGCCUUGACAUACUAAAUGAAAAGGAAGCUCUUGAACUCUUCUAUUUGCAUGCCUUCAAAGGUAAAGUUGUUGAUCAAAACUACAAAGAACUGUCAGAGAAGUUUGUAGAUUAUGCUCAAGGUCUUCCUCUUGCUCUUAAAGUUUUGGGUUCUCAUCUAUUUUCAAAGAAGAGAGAAGUAUGGCGAAGCUUGUUGAGUGAGCUAAAAGAAUAUUCCGAUGAAGCAAUUUUAAAAGUAUUACAAAUAAGUUUCGAUGGACUAAAGAAUAUAGAAAAAAGCAUAUUUCUUGAUAUAGCAUGUUUCUUCAGAGGGAAAAAAGAAAAUUAUGUGAAAGAUGUGUUGGAUGCGUGUUAUGGUAGUUCCUAUGAUGCCGUUAUUGAAGUUCUUGUUGACAAGUGUUUGAUAUCUAAGGAUGAUUAUAAAAAAGGUAUUAUACUUGAAAUGCAUGAUUUGUUGCAAGAAAUGGGUCAGUCGAUUGCUUGUGGGUCAGAUGAUCGUUGUUUGGAAAACUAUAGUAGACUAUGGAAGCGCGAAGAUAUCUCCCACGUCUUGGAAAAUAAUAUAGGCACUUCAAAAAUUAAAGGAAUAUUUAUUGAUGGUUUUGGCAUACGAGGAGAAGGAGAGAUAAACUUGGACCCUUCAGUCUUUAAAAAAAUGUCAAGUCUAAAAUUGCUUCAACUAUCAACCCAGUAUGAUCAGAAUAUUUCAUUUCAGCUUCCUCAUGGUUUAGGCUCUUUUCCUAAAGAGCUUAGAUAUCUACAUUGGUAUUUCUGCCCUUUGGAAUCUUUAGGGUCAAUACUUACACUGCGUAAUCUUGCUCAUCUUAGUAUGCCUCGGAGCCAGCUUGAGAAACUAUGGGAUGGAAUUCAGGAUCUUAAAAACUUGAACUAUGUCAAUCUUCGUUGCUCAAAUAAGUUAACUUGUCUCCCAAAUCUCUCCAGAGCAAAUCUUUGUCACAUGGACCUGCGAUUUUGUGGAAGUUUGGUUGAGCUUCCUCCUUUAAGGUUUCACAACGUUCUUGAUGGCAUACUUUAUCUCAACAAGUGCUUUAAUCUAAGAAUUGUUUCAGAGAUGUUUGGUAAUAUCAAAUUGAUAGAUUUGUCUUGGACGAAAAUAGAAGAAUUACACUCUUCCAUUGGUUCUCUUAAGAAUCUUCAUGAGCUCCGUCUCUCUUAUUGUAAACAUCUCAAGAAGCUUCCCAGCAGUAUUUGUUAUUCUGAAUCAUUGCAACUUCUACAUAUGCGUGAAUGUGUGUCCAUCGACAAGUUUCCAGAGCUUCCAAAUAAUAUAAAAGAUUUAGAUUUGAGUGAAACAUCGAUACGACAAAUCAAUUCAUCAUCCUUUGAGUGCAUGCCUUAUCUUAAGUAUUUAUACAUGACAAGGUGCACAAUGCUUGAAAGCCUCCCAACCACCAUUUGUAAGUUGAAGUCUCUUGAACAACUGUGUUUCAGCAAUUGUUCCCAACUAAAAAGUUUUCCAGAAAUCUCGGAGCCUAUGGAGAAUCUGAAAAAACUUUAUCUAGCUGAAACAUGGAUUGAUGCGGUUCCACAACCCAUUGAGUAUCUACCUGAGCUUAUAACUCUAGAUUUGAGCGGAUGUAAAAAUCUCAAGUCUAUUCCAGUGUCUAACAUUUAUAAUAUGCCCAACAUUUCUAGUGUCUACAUUGAAGAAUAUCAAAGAGAUCAAGAUUGGGUUGUUUUGCCAGAUGUUUGGAUUUCCGAAAUUCUUCAACAAUCUAAGUGUAGAUGUUCUUGUUCGAUUACAAAUCUAAUCUCUAUCCUGAAAUUGUAUGGUCUAUGUGGCUAUUAUAAAUUUUGGAAAGAUUUCACUUGUUGUGAGUGCUUUUUACUCUACACAAUACACAAUAUUCUAGUGAGCAAAGCUCAACAAGAUAAAAUUAUCAAAAUAAAGUCAGGGCUCACAGAAAAGGGUUCAUAUGGACCUAGAGUGAGCUUUUGUUAUCCAGGAAAUAAAAUUCCCCAAUGGUUUGCUUAUAAGUCUAUGGGAUUUGCACUACAUGUAGACUUUGCUCCAUCGACUUGGAAUGGUGAUAAAAGCUUCUUAGCCAUUGUUAUAUGCAUUGUUGUUGAUUUUAACCGGUGCAUUUGGAAUCGCGAUGAGUCGACCAUAGUUUCUGAAAUCCAUUAUUCCCAUAUGGAUGAACCAGACUUAGACUUGUUUCAUCGUUCAUGCCUACAGAUACAAAAACGCACUCAGUACAAUACAGAUCAUGUGUUCAUAUGUUAUCUUACCAGAGAUGACAUUUAUUAUGAGUUACGUAAUGCAGAGAAUGCUUCAUUUAAGUUCUACAUGGAGGACGAAUCAUAUGAUAACUGUGGCGAUAAGAGAAUAAAAGAAUGUGGAAUCCACUUGCUAUAUGGGGAAGAUGCAGAGAAGUUUGAUGCAGAGAAGUCUGAUGCAGAGGAGUUUGAUGAAGAGGGGUCUGAUGCAGAGGAGUUUGAUACUAUACAUGCAGAACCACAUACUAAGAGAACUAAAAUAUAAAACGUGUUUAAGUUACACAUUGUUGGUACUCUUGAAAUGUUGUUUGGUGCACCAGCUUCUUUUGUUUUGGAUGACUGUACUCUUUUUCAUUUCUAGAGAUUUUUCUCAAUUGGGUUUAGCUCUUUAAAGAUUUUAACCAGACAUUGCUAUAAAUACAUUACAAUGGUUUUGUUUUGGCAAAAUUGUGUGUAUUCUUAUUUGUGUUCUACUUUGACUUUGUAUUUUGUUGUAUUUAGACUAUGCUUUAUUUUAUUUUUUUCGUAUAAUAUACAUGAUGGAAUAUUUCUCUUC